GCUUGUGGAGACUUUCGGAGUUUGUGAGAGAGUUGAAAGAAAGAAGAAAGAGACGUAACUGAAGCUAGCUCGCAGGCUAGCUGAAUGUCCUACCGUGUCGCAGAUGUGUCGAAAGCCACGGGAAAGGACGGAAUGUGGGGGGUUGGAUAUAUAAAACAGGGAAUGGGGUUGUUUGUAAGUAACGCGGUUAUUGGACCGAUCGGUUCGGUGACAGUGGAGGCAGCGCUGACCGAGACCCGGCUGCUUUGUGUAGGAGUGAACAACCAGAGCUACUUCUGUGAUUCGGGCCACUGCUGUGGGGAAUCUCAGUGUUGCAGCUAUUACUACGAGGUGUGGUGGUUUUGGUUGGUCCUGACUCUCAUCAUCAUUCUGGGCUGCUGCUGUUUGUGCCACCACCGUCGAGCCAAACACAGACUGCAACAACAGCAGCGGCAGCAUGAGAUCAACCUCAUCGCUUAUAGAGAAGCCCAUAAUUACACCUCUCUACCCUUCUAUUUCAGGUUUCUGUCUGGCUACCUCUUACCGGCAUACGAGGAAGUUGAGAACAGACCUCCGACGCCCCCGCCUCCAUACAGUGCCUCUCAGCCAGGCCAGUCCACCAGCAUUGACCCCCUAUGCUCUGAACAACCAGAUGAGCUCUGCCCUCCACUGCAGUCCAGCCCCGUCGUCCCGUCUGCAUCUGAGAACUGUUCUCUGGGACCCUGUGUAGAGCAGCCACAUACUCCCACUGCACAUCGCCCUGUCAGAGACACCCACAAACCACAGUACCUCAGCCGAGGAGAGGACGGGCAGCCCCAGCAGGUGGCGUGCGCUACCUCACACAGCCCCGUCAAACAGGGCAGCUCGGGCGAGGAUCUGACUGAACCCGUAGAAGACUGUUCUCCCGACAACAAAGACAAGACUCCAGGACGCCACCGGCGCUUCACAGGCGAUUCUGGGAUUGAGGUAUGCGUUUGCAACCAGGGGCCCGGGGAUGGAGAGGAAGAGGAGGAGAUGAAAGAGCUUGUAGGGCACAUGGAUGGAGGGGUGCUCGAGGAGCAGGACUUCUGUGAUAGCUGCAACCUCCGCGGCGGCAGCCCUCCUUGUGGUUCGGGGGAUGAGGAACAGGGCCUGGCUGCCUCAGAUGUGCCUCUAGAGCAAAGAGAGCAUCAGCAACCUCCAGUCUGCCUCCAUCUGCACACCAUCAACGAACAGGACGGUCCGCAUCACGCCAACAACACGGACCCCCAGAGUUGAGCACAACCGGUUCCAGCAGAGACUUACUUUAGACUGCUGUCUCCCUUUACUUUCUUGAGAUACAUCAGUUUGUACUGUCAGCAAUGUCACUUUGAGUGUAGUGUGUGUGUGUGUGUGUGUGUGUGUGUGUGGGAGUUUUAAAAGGGCGUUAAUGUGUGACUCCUCACGGUUUUAUGGAUUAAUAGGGUAAUCUAGUAAAGACGUUAAUAGGUCUGUUGCCUCACAGAGAGGUCACGAUCAAAGCCACAGGGGAAAUUCUCCUCAGUUUAUAGCCUUAUCGAGCUCUGGGUGACAUGCCUAUAGAUUUGGAGGCUUUUUGUUGGUUUUUGGGGGCUAUUGCCUCCUACUGAGAUGAAGAUGGCACACAAGGUCAGGGGAUAUUGAUUUGUGCUGGCUUUUGCUCUUGAAUUCUUAUCUUUGAUGUCAUUUUAAAAUACUUAAAGGGACAGUUCACCCAAAAAUGAAAGAUCUGUCUUUAUGUAGUCACUCUCAUGGCAUUCCAAAUACACAAGACUUUUGUUCAUCUUUAAAACACAAAUAAGGAUAUUUUUAAUAAAAAAUUUAAGAAAGAUCCAUUUUAAAAAAGGUCUAUUCCACUAAAAGUGGACGCUUUAAAAAGUUCAAGAUUGUAAAAUAAAUCCAUAUGCACAUACAUAGAGCACAUCAAAUAUGGUAAAUAAAAGAUGAGACAUACAUGAUGCACGAGAACCAAUGACGUUUCUUGUUACGCAUCAUUACAUUUAUGAUCUUUUUAUUAACUUUUUGAAGCAUCAGUAUUUAGGUGGAAUUUCAAAGGAGGUACAGAAAUUUUGCAGGUUUGAUUAAAAGCAUCUUAAUUUUUGUUUCAAAGAAAAUCAAAAGUCUUGUCCGUUUGGAAUGAUAUGAAGGUGAGUAACUGAUAACAAUUUUCAUUUUUUGGUGAAUUAUCAAUUUAAGAUUAUAUUGUGCACGAAAAAAAUGGAAAAGACGGCCACAGAGCAGUCUGUUAAUACUUCAGAGCUUUAAUGUUCAGUUGUUGUUUCUUGUUUUUAUUUCUUGUCUUUUUUUUCUGAAAAUGUUUGAUCUGGAGUAUCUGCAUGAUGCUAUUCAGAAAAAUGAAGGAAAGUAAUUAUCUCAAAUAUAUAUUUUUUUGUAUCAAUAAGUGAAUGUGCUCCCUACCCAGCAGGGUAUGGUUGCCAUUUUGUUUAUUUUGUCUCAUCAUUGUAUAACAUGGUCUCGGACUUUAUCCAAUAUUUUGCAUGAUUAUUCGCAUAAACCGAAUAGAUCCACAAGCAGAAACUGAAUAUAUUCACAUGCUAUAUAGUAGUACAUUUUGAAGUUCAUUAUGCAAAGACUCUUCAAAUGAAGGCUGAAAAUACCUUUGUAUAAAGAUUGAACCCAGCUUGUACAUUUACACUAGGUGCCUUUGUUGAUUUAAGUAGUUUUCAUAUGCCUUAAAGAGAAGAGUGUUGUCGUAGAAUUUCUGCAUAAAAUAAGGGCCAGUAUGAGUGAAGAUUUUGCUGAGUGGCAACGUCUUGUUUGAAAGGAUCACUUGAUAAGCCUUCCAUCGAAACAUAUCAUUGAAAUAUGUUUGUUUUUUGCCUUAAUUUCAUUUCUGUAUUCUCCCGUAGUGCUUUUAAUUUUUUUUUGUAUCUUAACACUAAGGGAACUCUUGCACCACUAACAGUAACUUAUGUACAGGCCUUAUUAAGCUUUUAAUGUGCGUUUUAUUGUAGCAGAUCAGGUAAGGUUACUGUCAUGUUAGUGUAGCACUUAAGUCGGGUUCAUGAUGAGAUUGAGAUUUGUUUUUCUGUGGCGGUGAGACUGAAAGCUGCUCCACUACACUUCACUUCCCUACACUGUGUGUGUGUGUGUUGUGAUUGUAGGAUGCUUUAAGUGGACCGUUCUUCAGGCCACUGUGUUUCUUUGACCUUUGGUUUAGAUUAGCAGUUAUAGGCAUCCUAUAACGGAGUCUUAGCUUGGGCACAGAUGGCUUUUCGGCCCUGUUGAUCUUCAGAUCAGAGUGUUCCUUUGUAAAUGGUGGCUAAUUUUCUUUCAAACGUGAUGUGGCCGGUAAAUUAGGUUCAGUGUGUUAGCUGGAAAAACCGGUUUGGGAGGUAGAUUCCAACAUUGACGCGGUGCCUUCGGAAAUAUUUGUGUAGCAGUAUUGUUUGGCUAAACCUAAUAUUGAGCAUUCUGAAUGAUUUGGACCAGUUAUAGCAUCAUAGCAUCAAAAUUAUUUGACUGAUUAAGUGAAGCUUGAAGCUAUGAAGUCAAGUCAUCUUGUCGCAGCAAUGGUGCUCAUGACGAUCUUUCUGUAGCUCUAGUCUCCAUUGUUUUCUAUCGUCCUGUGAUGUUUGAGACCAAAGGUAUUGAUUAAAAGUGGAAAUCUGAGUCACUGUUGGGUAGCUCACUGUGAAUGAGAUGUUCAUUUGUUUUGCCCUUCAAAAUUUGUCAUUGCACUGUUUUGACACUGAGCAGCGUGUGUGUGUGCGUGCGUGCGUGCGUGCGUGCUUGAAGGUGAAGAAGGCUUUGCAAGCCAAUUGCUUUUUUUUCUUAAGCUUUGAUUCAAGCCUGGUACUACGUUUUAGUUUUGUAUCCGUAGUCACUUUCUUUUUAUAUAUGAAACUGUAUUUUCCGCAUUUUAUAAGAAGACUCAACCAAAUGAAAGAGUAUCAAAGAAUGUUUUGAAAGCCA